GCCUGAGGAGAAUUUUCCCAGACGGGUCAGCCCCCUCUGGAGCAGCACAGCUCCAGAGAGGAGGGAUGGUUAGGGGGUCCUUAAUGGGAAAGAGGUGGGGGGAAAGUGACAAACCACAGGAGAAGAAAGGAAAACUUAGCCACAGCCACAGUUUCUUUUGCCAUUUGAGAACCUGGGUCGCAUAGGAGCUGGGGUACAGGGUCUGGCUCACUGUGGGAAGGUAGGAACCUCACAGGGCUGUGAAGAGAAUCCCGCUGAAGAACUUCCGGCAGCGAGGAGGUCAUUCCAUGGACAGUAGCUGGCCUGCUGAGGCUUAGAAGGGAAGGUCUCCAAGAACCUCCAGCAGCUCAUGCCCCUGGCUUGGGAAUCUUACUGGCUCCAGAACGAUGGAAAACACAAACACCCAGACACACCCAGAGAACAUGGAGGAGGCUCCAGCGGUCCAAUCAAGUCCUGACCUGAAUUCCACCAAAAAGAAGACAGAUUUGGAGUCCACUGUGUCAGUCAGUCAGGCUGGGCUUGCAGAUGCCAAGGAAAAGGAGAGAGAAAAGCAGUCUGUAGCUCCUAGAGGACCAGAGGGGGAGCUCGGACACACAGGAUCACCCCAGGAGGGGCCAAGGGAACUUGAGAUCCAGGAACAGCUCUCAGCAAGACCAGAGAGCCAGUCAUCUUUGGCAACCGAGGAAGGGCCGAAGGAUCUACAAGCUGACCAGGAGCAAGCCCAGCCUGGCGGGGAGUGUGUGACCUCUGAAGAGCAGCCACAGCCAACCACGCCAACCAAGGAUCAACAGGAGAGAUGGCAAAGCACCGAGGCCAAAGAGAUUCAUCCCACUGAGAGCUGCCAGGUUCUUCCCACUCAAGGAGACACAGAUGGUCAUCUGGAAAAGCCAUGCGCCUCGGGCAGCAGGAGUCAGCCACUGGAGGAUGACCCCCCCAGUAACGCAGGCCUCCCACAGGUCAGGCCCAUGCCAACACCCAGCUCGGGGACACACAAGGACAGUCCCCAGGAGGCAGUGCCACCCAAACCCAUGGCGACUGUGGAGGAAAAGAAGGCCCGGCCCGUCUUGUCAUCGGCACCAAUCCCUCGACCACACAAAGAGGGAGGUGAAGCUGUGGAGACCAAGGCAGCACCAAGGCCUCUUCCUCUACCAGAGGAAAGAAACAUUGCUGAGAAGAAGGAGCUGGGCCAAGGGCAGAAGCAACGGCAGCAGGCUUCGGCAGCUGCAGGAACCCAUGCAUCUGGGAACUCCCGUCGGGGCUUCAUGAAGUGCCUCCUGGAGGUGGAAGAGCAGGAAGAAGUCACCCAACGGAGGACUUUGAAAGCCCGGACCCUGACAACCCGGAGGUCACCCAGGACCCCGACUUCUGUCUCCACCUCAGGCCCUAUCAUCAACUCAGUCCCAACCUUGCCUCUGACCCUGCUUGAACCCUCCACCUCAGCUCCAGCUACUGUCCCACUGUGGGUCAGACCACCAGCCCCUGGGCAGGAGCCGGAAGAGCAUGGCCUCUUCAAACUGUACCAGAGCUGGGAGGAGCGGUCUGAGGAGCAUCUCACCCUGAAGCAAGAGGAAGCCUUCCGCAGCUACUUUGAGAUCUUCAACGGCCCUGGUGAGGUGGAUGCACGGAGCCUCAAGAACAUCUUGCUCCUGAUUGGCUUCACCCUGACCCCAGCACAGGUGGAAGAGGCCCUGAUGAGUGCCGAUGUCAAUGGAGACGGUCAUGUGGAUUUCAAAGACUUCUUGGCAGUGAUGACAGACACCAAGCGUUUCUUCUGCUCUGUGGAACAGAAUGUCCUGAUGGAUAUGUCGCCCCCGAACCCCUACACACUGUUCUUUGAGAUCCUCUCUCUGCUGGUGGAGAUGAUGGCCCUGCCGGAAGCGGCCCUAGAGGAGAUCACAAACUACUACCAGAAGAAGCUGAAGGAUGGCACCCCCAAGACCCGAGAGAUGGAAUCGACUGUGGGCGGGCUUCGAUCAAGGAAGAAGCUUCCUUACAACUCUCAGCAAACAGACAGCUUAGAGGUCCCAGAUCGAAGGGUCCUCAGGAUCCUGAGCCGGCUGAAGCAGCAGAACUAUGGUGCCAAUAUGCAGAGCCCCUAUGCCCAGGUGCCCUGCAUCCCACUCUGCCCACGGCUGGAGAAGAAGGCAGUCCGUCGAAAACAGGGUAGCCAUAACCAUUCGGUGCUGGAUCAGUGUGUCUCUACAAGCCUGGGCCCUGACCUCCAUGGCCUCUUCUUCCAGUCAGGACAGCAAGGAAGCAGGGAACACAGCUCUGACAGCAGAAAGUGGCUUAGCUCCGUGCCAGCCCGAACCCACUGAUCAUCUGGAAUCCUGGCUCCAGAAGUUCAAGGCCUAUAGAUAGCUGGGCUGUGGGGCAGGGCCUGGCUUUGGGAGCUUGCUUUCAUGGCCUGGUAAGCCAAUAAACACCAAGAACCUCA